AUGAAUGAAUUCCCAGGAAUCCCUGCACAUCCCACGCACUAUACUCCAGCCGACAGAAGCGUACCCUUUAUUGCUUCCUCUCCCGGACACGACGAUCCCGGAGAUCAGUCCCCCGGAGACACCGGACAUACAGACCGAACGGACAGAGAGCGACUCCAACCCGAGCAUCACGACCACCAAGAGCCUACAACAAUAACCGACGAACAUCAAUCUCAACCGAUGUCCAAAGAUGAUGAAAAACCCUACAAAAAUCAAAACGAUGCACCAAUUAAAUCAGAAAGACCAAUGGACGUAGAGCAUAAAGAACAGACUUAUCAAGAGGAUGCGAAUUUCAUUGGACAGGAACAAAAUUACGAAGCAACAGAAAUGCAAUACCAACCUGAAUACCAAAAUAAUUACGAGGAGCCGACUUACGCAAACGAACAAUAUGAAAAUUAUGAACAAUAUCAGCAAUAUGCUGACCCCAACGCGCAAUAUAGCGAAGAACAAUACAACAACAUAGCCGAAGUCAACUACCAACCCGAGCAGAAUUACGAACAAAGCUAUGAGAACACAGCGGAGGCUCCACAAGAACAAUAUUACCCAGAGUCAAAUGACACAAAUCCAAGUGAUGCUCCAACGAAAAUGGCGGAGGAACAUCAGAGUUAG